AUGGAAAGUCCACGAAACAUCACGGAAUUUUUCAUGCUGGGACUCUCACAAACCCCUGAGGUGCAGAGAGUUUUAUUUGUGAUCUUUUUGAUCGUCUACCUGGUCUCUAUCGGGGGCAACUUGCUUAUCAUGAUCACCAUUAUCUUAAGUCCCACCUUGGGCUCCCCAAUGUACUUUUUCCUCUCAUAUUUGUCCUUCAUUGAUACUUGCUAUUCCUCAUGCAUGACCCCCAAACUCAUUGCUGACUCCUUGUAUGAGGGGAGAGCCAUCUCCUUUGAGAACUGCCUGACUCAAUUCUUUGUUGCCCAUUUAUUGGGAGGAACUGAGAUCAUCCUGCUCACGGUCAUGGCCUACGACCGCUACGUGGCCAUCUGCAAACCCCUGCACUAUACCACCAUCAUGACCAGGCAACUCUGUGGCUUGCUGGUUGGGGUGUCUUGGCUGGGGGGCUUCCUACAUUCAAUUGUUCAGCUUUUCCUGGUCCUUCAGUUGCCCUUCUGUGGGCCCAAUGUGAUCAACCACUUCGUCUGUGAUUUGUACCCCUUGCUGGAACUCGCCUGCACUGACACCUUUACCAUCGGUCUGCUGGUAGUGGCCAACAGUGGUGUGAUCUGUCUGUUGAGCUUCCUGAUGCUGGCUGCCUCCUAUAUCAUCAUCCUGCGCUCCUUGAGGUCCCACAGUGCAGAGGGGAGACGCAAAGCCCUCUCCACCUGUGGGGCCCACUUCACUGUGGUUUCCUUGUUCUUUGUGCCCUGUGUAUUUAUUUACAUGCGGCCAUCGUCAACUUUGAACAUGGACAAAAUAGUGGCUGUGUUUUAUUGUAUUUUGACACCCAUGUUCAACCCCCUGAUUUAUACCCUGAGAAAUGCAGAGGUGAAAAAUGCUAUGAGGACUCUAUUGAAAAAAUGA